AUGAAAAAUGAUGUAAAAAAGGAUGUAAAGGAUGAUGUAAGAAAUGAUGUAAAGGAUGAUGUAAGAAAUGAUGUAAAGGGUGAUAAAAAAAAUGAUGAUAUAAACUGUGUCAAGUAUCAUAUUAAGAAUAAAAUAAGAAGAUAUGAACAUUUGUACGGUAUUGAAUAUAUAUAUGAAAAAAAGAAAAAUCGAAUGUUCUUUUUAUUUGUUAUAAUUUUCUUUUCUUUAUUUAUUUUGUAUUACUUUUAUCUGGGUUAUAUUAGAGGAUAUUUAAGUGUUAAUGAAUUUCACAUAUUACUUUUUAUCCUAUAUAUAUUUUGUAUCGUAGUAUAUUUCAACAAUAUUUUUACUGAAAAAUUACUCUUAUUAAAAAAUAUUGGAAUUCAAAUUGAUAAAAAAGAUUCAUUUGAAAACUAUACAAAAUUUAUAUGUAAAAAUGAGAUAGAAAAUAUUUUCAUUAAUGAAGCCAUUUACAUGUUUGAAAUAUGUCCAUAUUUAUGUAUUAAGCUAAAAAAUAAUGAUUCUGUUAUUCUCUUCAAGGAUGUUGUGUUGGGUAUGAACAAUAUGGUAAAUAUCUACAGAGAUAUAAAAAAGAUUUUUUUUUAUAAUGAUAAUAAUAUAUUAAAGACUAUAAAAAUAACACACGUAAAAAAUGACAAGGGUAUCUAUGAGAUUGGACAAACCGAUGGAGAAGAAGAAGAUGAAAUUAGUGACUCUGUAAGUUACAUUGUGAGUGAAGCUACGAGUAAUCAUACGAGUGAUAAAAUAAGUGACGAUAUAAGUGAUCAGACAGAUAAUUUUGAAGAAGAUGAGGAAGUAAAAAAGGUAAUACAAAAAAAAUAUAAUUAUACAAAAAACAAAAAUUAUGAUAAUAUAAAUUUGGAAAAUAAUAUAUAUGCUACAAAUAAUUGUUCUUCAAGUGAAGAAAAUAUUUUCAAAUUAUUAAAUUUCAGUUCAUAUGAAAAUAUUAAAAUUAAUAAAAGAUCUAAAAAAUUAAGAAAAAAUAACUCGUAUGAUGUAUAUAUAAAUAAACAAUUAGCAAUAAAAAUUAUGAACAAUUAA